UCAAUCCACUGUGCGUUCCGUAAUUGAGCACAUGUAAAACAGCGCGAAAAUGGAAACUCGAAAGAAGAGUAAACACGUUGAAGUGCAGUUCGUCUCCAAUCAAGAUGUUGGAAGAGAGAUAAUUUCCAUUAAAGACACGAAGGUUAAAAAAAUAGGAAAUGCUCUUCAAAGAAGAAGGAAACGUAAACAGUGCAAGAGCAGUGAUUCAGAUGAAGAGGUGGAUGACUUGCCAUGUAAAGAUCUUGACACAAAUGAGAGACCAACAGCCCUGUUUGAAGAAGGUGAUGUUCCUGGUCAGCAGAUGUUUGGAUUCCAGACUACAAAGGGCAAGAGGGCACUUACACCAAGAACACCAAGGACACCAAAAACACCACAGCCCGAAAAGGUGAAUGGGACACCACAGUCCAGAAAGGUGAAGGGGACACCACAAUCCAGAAAGGUGAAUGGAAGGCCACGUGCAUCCAGUCAUGACACAGGAACAGCCAAGACUCCCUAUAGUCUGCGCAGAAGAUUGAAGAAACAGAUUGCUAAAACUGCCUCUCAGGCUACAGACGGUUAUCUGAGUGAUAGUGACUUUUCAGCCAGCAACAGUGAGUACAUGCCUAGUGACACUGACAGGUCUUCGUCAAGUGAAGAUGAAAGUGUUGAGGAUAAAGAUGAGACAAUGAAGGAACCAGAAUAUCAACCCAGAAGAAAGCAAGGACAUCAGGAGAUUGAAUAUGUACUGGAAGCAGAUGAGUUCUUUACCAGUCAGAAGUCGGUGACAUCUGAUCACACACUAAGCAGACUGCAACAACCACGCCUAGCAGAGAAACAGCUUCAGCAGUUGCUAGGAGACAUGACAUUAUCACACAAACAGGCUGUGUACAACCUUUGUGCAGAGCACACACAGCUCUUUGCCAAAUGGAUGUUCUCCCUAAGGGAGCAGUAUAGUGUGUUGCUGUAUGGGCUGGGCUCAAAGCGUCACACAUUGCACCAGUUCCGAACCAAGAUGUUGCAAGACCAACUGGUGCUGGAAGUGAAUGGGUUCUUCCCCAGCCUGACCAUUAAGGAGAUUGUAGACUCAAUAGCAGAUGAUCUGUUAGAGUUAUCAGAACGUCCAGGAGGGAUGCUAGAAUGCCUGGAUAUAAUUGAACAGCAGCUGUCCAGUGAGCUGUUUAUCAUCAUUCAUAACUUGGAUGGCCCUAUGCUGCAGUCUAACAAGAAUCAGGAUAUUAUUGCGCGGCUUGCCAAGAUGGAACAUAUACACCUAGUUGCCUCAAUCGAUCACAUAAAUGCUCCACUCAUCUGGGAUCAUGCAAAACUAAGUCGGUACAACUUUGUUUGGUGGGAUGUCACAUCUCUGCAACCUUACACAGGAGAGACACAGUUUGAGAACUCAUUGCUAGUGCAGAGGUCUGGUGGCCUGGCAUUAUCAUCCCUGUCCAAUGUGUUCCAUUCCCUGACUACUAAUGCACGCAGCAUCUUUAUCAUAAUGGUACGCCAUCAGCUGAAAAACCAAAAGGAUCCAACAUACUUAGGCUUGCAAUUCAAAGACCUCUACUGGUCUGCAAGAGAAGCUCUUUUGGUAAGUUCAGAUAUUGCACUUCGGGCUCAACUCACUGAGUUCCUGGACCAUAAGCUGGUACACAAACGUCGCAGCCCAGAUGGAUCAGAACUCCUUCAGGUUCCUGUAGAUAGCACAGUAUUGCAGCACUUCUUGGAGCAAGUGGAAGGGGACCCAUAACUAAGGAAUUUGAAUAGUCUGUGGAAUUCUCACAGAGUGUAGCUGAGAGUGCAUUAUCUGUGUGGGUCCUGAAGGAAGGUUUCACGAUGGUGACAGCAGCCCUCAACAUAAUACCAUGAGAAAGUAUUUGAAGGAAAGAGGAUAUGGCACUCCACAACUAAAACUCAAAAGAUUCAUUCAGAUUUAAGAUGAUGUUGAAAAUCGAACUUACCAUUCCUCACAAUAGUUUGUGUGCCCACAGUUUGAACUCUUUUAUUGUGGGACGCAUCACAGUUUGCUACAGUCAUUGAUGGCCUGCUACAUAAAGAGUAUAGACAGAAUUAACUGUGAAGUGUGAAAUUAACAUCACUGUAGCCUGCCUGACUUUAGAAAGAUUACUGCACUUAUGACAGCAGUGUUGCAGUGUAUAAGACAGUACAGACUAAAACUGAAAUGCAUGGCCAGCAUACAAGCAUUAUUAAACUUGAUUCUACAAACCUGUCAUCAACCUGGAGAUGUAGAUUAGUCAUUUGUGAAGACAUGGAAAUAUGCUUUAUUUAAAUACUUUCCAUUGUUCAUUGGUGAGACAUGAUGUCACAAACAGGCAUUUGAAAUGCCUAUAGCUCGAAGUGUUUCACUCAGUCUAACUUAUAUUUUUCUCAGUACUUUUACUUUAAACCCUUCCACUGAUAAGUUUUGUUAUCUAUUAACAGUCCUCAGGCAGGUUUUUACAUGUAUUUACAAAAUAAUCUUACAUCAUCUGGGGAUGAAUGGAUUUCAAUUAUUUUUGUUUUUGAAAAUAGAAAAUAAACACUCAGUUUAUGAGA